CUAGCUGUAGACCGCCCCCAUCCCCCGCUGCUGUGCCCCACUGACUCUUUCUCUGCCUCCCGCAGAAUUAGGGUGGGGGAGACCCCCGCCUUCUCCCUCUCCCGUUUCUCUGCUUGGCCGUUUGCCGGCCCGGCGGCGGCCGCGGCUGCAGGAGAGCGCUGUAGGCUGCGCAUUCCCGGCCGUCCCUUGGGAGAGAGCAGGGGCUGAGGCAGUGAAAGGCUCGCUUGUGAGCGCGGCAGACACUGCGCAAUUCAUCCGCGCUCCUCUGCCUCCAGGUUCACAACCGCCAGCGGUUGCCGGCCAUGAAGCGCCUGCCGCCCGCCGCCGCCGUGCUGCCCUCUCCGCCUUCGCCGGCUGCGGCGUUCCUGCUGCUGCUGCUGCUGCUGGCGGCCGCCCCGCCACCCGGAAUGACGGAGAACCCCAAAGGCAAGCAGAAGGCGCUUCGCCAGCGGGAGGUGCUGGACUUGUAUAAUGGGAUGUGUUUACAAGGACCUAGCGGCAUUCCUGGAAGAGAUGGAAACCCUGGUGUCAAUGGAAUUCCUGGAACACCUGGGAUCCCAGGUCGAGAUGGGCUAAAGGGAGAAAAAGGAGAAUGUAUGCGAGAAAGCUUUGAGGAGUCUUGGACACCCAACUACAAACAAUGUUCCUGGAGUGCUCUGAAUUAUGGCAUAGACCUUGGAAAAAUUGCAGAAUGUACAUUCACAAAGAUGCGCACCAACAGUGCUUUAAGGGUCCUCUUCAGUGGAUCACUGCGACUUAAAUGCAAAAAUGCCUGUUGUCAGCGAUGGUAUUUUACAUUUAAUGGAGCUGAAUGUUCUGGGCCACUUCCUAUUGAAGCUAUAAUUUAUUUAGAUCAAGGAAGUCCAGAAUUAAAUUCCACCAUUAACAUACACCGUACUUCUUCAGUGGAAGGACUAUGUGAAGGAAUCAGUGCUGGACUGGUGGAUAUUGCUGUUUGGGUUGGUACGUGCUCAGAUUACCCACCUGGAGAUGCUUCAACUGGAUGGAACUCAGUCUCUCGCAUCAUUAUAGAAGAAUUGCCUAAAUAGAGGUCUUCCAAUGACUCCCACCACCACCAACCACUUAUAUUUCAUGCCUUAUAUAGUAACCCCAUCCUUGAAAUCUAGUUUUCUAUAUAUAGAAGCCCUUGACCAUAACGCACAAACUUGUUUUACAGAAAAUACUCUGUAACCAGUUGAUUUCUAUACUUUUAAAAAAAUAGCCCUUGCAUGGGUUGCUACAAUUUUUGGUAUAUAGAUUCUGAAGCAGCAAUCUGAUUUUAUGUACUACUUUUGUAAAAACGGUACUAUUCUUACAUUUGUUAAUAAAGACAAUCUUUUAGAAAUA